AUGAGCGACGUGUAUGCCUUUCGCCGGGCCGUUGUUUUGCUUCACUACAAGCAGCACCCGCUUUCAGGCGACGCCGGUGACCUGGAUAUUUUUUGGCGCACUCUCUUUUGCACUGGGCUUAGCGACGAGCAGCUUGCCUCCUUCUGGACCGCGGAGGAUGUGCGGCUACUGCGCGUGUAUCACCCAGACCGGCUUGCCGCGAUUCUUGCCGCCUGCAUGCAGCAGCUGGAUGCGUUCCUCGCGCUGAGCUGCGGGGCGGCUGCGGAGGAUGCGGCGGGGAGCCCCAUCGACGGGGACGUCGCCGCCGUCAGGGUGGAGGGGACGCUGAGUUACAUGCAGCCGCGGCCGCCGCCGCCGCCGCCGCGGGGAGGCGGGGGGCGGAGGGCGGGGCGGCCGCUUGACCCCUGCGCCGCCGCCAACGCCCUGCGGCUGAUCGGCGGGGCCCUCCCCUACUGCCUUGAGGACAUCGACGAGCUGACGGCGCUGCUGCGCGAGGACGCGGCGGCGAGCGGCGAGCGCAACAUCGCCAUCAUCUCGCAGCGCACGCGAGAGCUGAUGGACGUGGCGAAUCGGACGGAGAGCCCCUUCGCCGCGGACUUCGCCUACCACUUCUUCUUCCGCGGCGACGCCUGCGUUUUGGCGGAGGACUGCCCGCCCUCGCUUUCGCCCCCGCCGGGCACGCAACUCGUGCAGCUGCUUCUGAAGCUGCUCUUCAUGCCCGGCGUCAUGACGGCCGCCGCACCGUGCCGGGAGACGCAGCCGCGGCAAGACCCGCGCGCCAUCGCGGAGGCGGCUGUCAACGCGGAGUUGCAGCUGCUGCUCCGCCGCGGAUGCGUGCCGCCCGCCCUCCUCCUCAGCCUUCUGCGCGGUGCAGCACCGGGCGGCGUCCAGGGCCGUUUGGCCAACACCCAAAACGACAGCGGCGGCAGCAACAGCGUGUUGCUGGGGGGCAGCUGCUCACGUGCGGCGCCAGCGCUUUCGCUGGGUAGCGAUUACCACGCCAUCAUUCUCCGCACGCUUCUCCUGCUGCUCUCCGGGCCCAUCUACACCUCCGCUGCAGAAGCGGCCCCGGCGACGGCAGCGGGGGCGGAGGCGGGAAAACGCAGUUGCUCAAAGCAGCGACGCGAGGCGACGAUUGCGCUGAUGUCCAAUGAAUUGUUCAAUGGAGAGAAGCAGCCCUUAGCGGCUCUACUGUGUGCAGCACUGCUGUACGCGGUACGGUUUUAUGCCAAGAAGUCCCUGCUGACUCCCCGUCUCACCGCCGUCUUCUCGAGGGGGUCACGCUUCUCGGCGACGCAAGUGGCCGUGCUGGGGCACGCACUUGCAAUCCUUGCCAUGGGCGUUUACAGCGGGCCAACCCUUCCAUGCUGCGACCCACAACUACAAGGCCCACCCGAGGAGCGUGCGUCAAAUGUGUUUUUCAGUCUCUUGAAGGCCGCACUGGGCGACGCUGAGCCACACGUCCCUGUUGACGGCGCCAAGGCGACGUCGCAGGACUCGAGCAUCCUGUUACCAGCUCAAUCAAGAAGCGACGAGCUGGACCCGUCAUGUUAUGCCCGGGCUCUUGUGGAGGGAAUGCUAACCUUGCUAGAGAACCCGUUGACGGCCUCGGCGGGGGAUGCCGCGAUGGUGAAAAUCCCUUGUGCACCACUGGUGUUGCAUUUGCUGCUCUGGGCGGUGCAGCAGAGCUCGCUUGCCCUUGACAUUCUUGCGCGCCGACCGCAUUCCUUCAUGGCAUUGCUGCACAGUUUGCUUGUGUCGAGUGGGGUCUCGGCUAGCCGCUUUGGUGAGGGGCAGCUCUCGCUGCUCUGCCUUCUCAUUCUGCUGCGGCAGCCGUCGUUCCUGGAGACCCUUGCCACGCCGCUGCCAUCACUCGCCGCGGGUGCGACCGCGACGGAGGUGCGGCAAUUUAUGCGCGUGCUUCGAGCCGCCAUGCCGAUGCUGCCGCAAAGUAUUCGGAUAGCCGCUGGCGAUGACAGAGAAGGCAGCUGCGACGGGGGAAAAGGGCUGGACACACUCUGCGUUCACACCUAUGGGAACCUGCUUGUGCUGGCCAUGUGCUACGUCCUCUCCCCUGCAUCCCCGCGCUGGUUCCGGCCCUUGUACAGCUCUGCGGUGGAGGUUCUCUGCACGCUGCAGACGGCCUUCACUCAGAACACCCUGGCGUCAAGCGUGUGCCUGCGGCGCCGCGUCCUCAACGAACACGUGGCGGUGGAGUUGGUGAGUAGCCUUGCCCACCUGAGUUCGCCCCGGGUGCUGCGCUUGGGUGGCAAGGAGGCGCAGCGGGCCUGUCUGCAGAUGAUACGGCUGCUGCUGGAGACGAUUCGAUCCGCCAUUGGCCCUGCGCAGGAAACGGAUGGCUCGUGGUGCUCCGCCGCCCGCCGUGUAGGGGCGAUGGAGGGGACGGAGCUCGUUGCGCUCUUGUGGUCGCUGGCUGUGGGGGAGAGCCUCUUCGCGCUCGCGCGGCUGACCUCCACGGCGGCUGGGGAGCCUGGCGUGGGUGCGGCGCCUGCGACCGAGAGCAACGACGUCGUCUUGGAGGACUCCCUGUCGCUGGCUAACCCCUUCACGGCCCCGCGGGGCGGGGCGGGAGAGGCCGCGCCUCCCAAGACAACCGCCUCCGGCGCCGCGCCCGCGGCGCUGCGGGAGUUUGCGCUUCAACUCUCCCACUGCGGGGAGUUUAACGAACUUCACCGCAUCGCUGCCGCCGUCCGCGUUGCGCUGAGCGAGGCGCAGGAGCGACCCGCGGCCCUGUCGCUUCCGGCAGCAGGGUCCGGUGAACUGGCGUCGUGCGAUUCAACGAUGGCGGCCUCCGCUGCCUCGCAUCCGCCCCCCAUGAAGGCUUCCCGCGACCCCGAAGAGUUCGAGAUUGCCUGGGCUGUGCUGCGCAGCGCCGCGGCGGCGUUGGAUGAAGUACAGGCGCGUCCGCACGACGGGGAAGCGAAAGAAGAAGGAGGAGGAGUGGGUGGGGCGGACAGUCGGAGGGAGAAGGGGCGGCGGGGCGCCGUGCCUCCCAGAGGCGCACCAGGCAUGCGCAAGCUGGUGAUUGACGUCAGCGGCGCCGGCGGGCGCUGGCUACUCGCACAACUCUGGCGCCAGAUUCACAUGUUUAACUUGGCGCCGCCCAUUUUCGACUACAGGAGCACGCUAAUCAUGCGGGAGUGA